AUGGGCUCAGACAAGCGCGAGAAAUGGGUGAAGAGACGCGAGGCGAGCGAAGCCAAGGUGCUGGCAGAGAGGGAAGCUAGCGCCGCAGCGUGCGAAUCAGAACCUCCCAUCCCAACGCCAGAUCCAUCCUCAGAUGACGGAAGCACAACGACGACGGCAAACACAGUAACAUCCAAGGUGGACGAACUCAUGCAAACGUACCACAACAGCAAGAUGGGCGAACAAAAGGACAAUGCUCUCGCCUACAUAAUGUAUGCUGCCGGGGACGAAAUGUAUGCACAUUCUUCCACGAACGACUGGAGACUACAGCAUGUCAUUGAGGCCGUCACCGCUGCACUUAAAGACGUGAAUACUGUCACCACUACCGAGGAGAAUGCAAACCACCAUGUCCAGCGGCGAAUCCAGUCCGAAUCUGAACCUAGCGCGCUGCCUCCCCAUGCCCAUAUUCACUCCAAGGAUGUUGAGGAAGCUUCGGAUAGUCCAGUCCUCCGUCGUCUGAACGAAUACCCAAAAUGGAACAGCGAAUCUUGCUCGUGGCAAGCGUGGUAUCAAGGGCUCGACAGGGCGUAUCAUGAUGAUUGUGCGGCGGGCCUUGAUCCUGCCAAUCACGCCCAUGCUUUGGCGGCGUGGAAUGUCAUUUUGGACAAGGUGCCGCAGCAUGUGAUGGUGGCGCUGUUGAGCGAGGGAAUCUUGAACCCGGAGCGGCCGGAUCCAAGUUUGCUGUUGACUGCUUUGGACAAGCUUUUCGGUUUGGGGAUGUAA